CAUAGCUAUGUCUUCGACCGAAAUCUCUGAGCCAGAGCAGCAGUCGAUCUCGACACAAACGCCACCCGACUCGCACCAUCACCAGUUAUCGAAAGCAGAUUCUCUCCUCAAAACCAUAUGCGAAGUUCUCCGCGAAGCAGAGCAACACCAUCCGCAUGAUGUGAACGAGCCAUCACCUGGAUUGUUCAAAGCUGCGAUCGACCUCGCUUGGGAGACGAUUCACGAUCCAUCAUUUAAAUCUGCUUAUGGAAAUGAUCCAGCUGCAGAGCCCUUGUUUACCCAACUGCGGUGUACCCUGAAGCACAUCCGGUUCACCUUCUCUCGCGAGACUCAACUCUAUGUCCACGACGACGUGCUCCGUGGACAUUAUGCAUUCCUACCCAGCUGUUUAGCUCUGGAACAGAUACGAACGUUGCUGCUGGCACUCCAAAUGUCGACUCGACACAUAAAGGCUAUUUCGAAGGAUACUUUCGAAGAAGAGCUACACGUGCUCAAAGCGAGGCACAAGUCUGCUGUGGCCUCGCUCAUCAAAGAUCCCUUACUUGCCUGGCAAAAUUUCCGAACUCGUCUGAGAUAUGGUGGUGACAAUGCUUCCUUCCCAGAACUCCGCGAUGUCGUUCGUUACCUCGACCUGAAUCUGCAUGCAGAUGCGGUAGUCGAUGCCUUGUACGGCAGCUGCGUGUUGUUCAAGCUGCAUGAAGUUGCCGUGAAUCAUCUGUCCCGGGCGGAGAGAUUGGGAUUUCCAUGUCGCAUGACUGUCGAUGCGGUUGAAAACGCGGUCGCCUUCCUGGACAUAUACGCUCGCAGCACGCCUAGCCACAAAACUCCGCCGUUAUACCACAGCCAUCGGUACCAGUACUAUGCGUACUUCCUUAAAGCUCAAACUCCCGAUCAUAUACUUCUGCCAAUAUUUGAGGACGUGGGAGCAACGGCGCUGAUCGCAAUGAGGGGCGUCCCGAUUGGCCUUGUCGGUGCGCACCCGGACACCAAAUGGGUGGACGGAUUUUAUCAAACCCCUUUGGAGUUCUGGUACCACGAUGUCAAUCAUUCGCGGCGAAUGUUCCAGUUUUUCAAAGAACAUGCCUUGGCUGCAAAAAUUGAUUUGGAAGCGUUGGCUGAAGACUCGCACAAUUUCAUCAAGCACGAAGUUCUACCGCUUAUUACGAUCAAGAAAAUCGACUCCGGACGGAGUCAAGAGGAACAAGCGGAUGCUGAAGAUGAUUUGCUUCGAGAUGUUCCACGAGGAUGCCCAAGUGGCUGUGAAGAGCUCGACCGAGAAGGCACUGUUGCGUGCCCCAAACACUCUCACCCCAUUCGAGCACAUCCUGGAUGGCGAAACACGAGUCAUCUUGCAGGAAACUUCUAUGAUGUGCCAGACGAUCGCCAAGAAUACAUUUGCAUUACAGAUUUCAGAACGCAGAAGAAUGUUGCUGCAGCAGGAAACAUCAUGGCAGAGAAGCUUGGUCUCAAUGUUGGACCCGAGAUCAAUGCAGCUUAUGCGCACAAUGACGCUGGUCUUCCUGAUGAUUUUCAUAUGGAGGUGGAAAAGUUCAUGGUGGAGAACCCAUCUUUGAUGGUGCCACUGAGCACAGCGCUUGAACGGAGGGAAGAAGCGGAUACAUAG